CCCGCCCCGCCUCCAGCUAGUGCGGCCUCGGCUUGCGGCGACACCAGCUGACGGCCUCACUGGUGAGGUCUGGUGUGGUGGUCAGGAUGGCUGAGGAGCAGGAGUUCACCCAGCUGGGCAAGGUGCCUGUGCAGCCCUCACAUCCUCACUGUGUCAACAACACCUAUCGGAGCACGCAGCAUUCCCAGGCUUUACUCCGGGGAUUGCUGGCUCUCCGGGACAGCGGCAUCCUCUUUGAUGUUGUUCUGGUGGUGGAGGGGAGACACAUUGAGGCCCACCGCAUCCUACUAGCUGCGUCCUGCGAUUACUUCAGAGGAAUGUUUGCUGGGGGACUGAAGGAGAUGGAGCAGGAAGAGGUCCUGAUCCAUGGCGUAUCCUAUAAUGCUAUGUGCCAAAUCCUGCAUUUCAUAUACACCUCUGAACUAGAGCUCAGCCUGAGCAAUGUCCAGGAGACGCUGGUAGCUGCCUGCCAGCUUCAGAUUCCAGAAAUUAUUCAUUUCUGCUGUGACUUCCUCAUGUCCUGGGUGGAUGAGGAGAACAUCCUUGACGUCUACCGGCUGGCAGAGCUGUUUGACCUGAGCCGCCUGACUGAGCAGCUAGACACCUACAUCCUCAAAAACUUUGUGGCCUUCUCUAGGACUGACAAGUACCGCCAGCUUCCCUUGGAGAAGGUCUACUCCCUCCUCAGCAGCAACCGCCUGGAGGUCUCCUGUGAGACUGAGGUGUAUGAGGGCGCUUUGCUUUACCAUUAUACCCUGGAGCAGGUACAGGCUGACCAGAUCUCGCUGCAUGAGCCACCCAAGCUCCUUGAGACAGUGCGGUUUCCGCUCAUGGAAGUUGAGGUCCUCCAGCGGCUGCAUGACAAGCUAGAGCCCAGCCCACUGAGGGACACAGUGGCCAGCGCUCUCAUGUAUCACCAGAAUGAGAGCCUGCAGCCUAGUCUUCAGGGCCCACAGACAGAGCUGCGAUCAGACUUCCGGUGCGUCGUGGGCUUUGGGGGCAUUCACUCCACGCCGUCCACUGUCCUCAGUGACCAGGCCAAGUACCUGAACCCCCUGCUGGGAGAAUGGAAACACUUCACUGCCUCCCUGGCCCCGCGCAUGUCCAACCAGGGGAUUGCAGUGCUCAACAACUUUGUGUACCUAAUCGGAGGGGACAACAAUGUCCAGGGCUUUCGUGCUGAGUCCCGAUGCUGGAGGUAUGACCCACGGCACAACCGCUGGUUCCAGAUCCAGUCCCUGCAGCAGGAACAUGCAGAUCUCUGUGUGUGUGUCGUGGGCACGUACAUCUAUGCAGUGGCAGGCCGUGACUACCACAAUGACUUGAAUGCUGUGGAGCGCUAUGACCCUGCCACCAACUCCUGGGCCUAUGUGGCCCCACUCAAGAGGGAGGUAUACGCCCAUGCAGGCGCCACGCUGGAGGGGAAGAUGUAUAUUACCUGCGGCCGGAGAGGGGAGGACUACUUAAAGGAGACACACUGCUAUGACCCUGACAGCAAUACCUGGCACACUCUGGCUGAAGGGCCUGUGCGGCGGGCCUGGCAUGGCAUGGCCACCCUCCUGGAGAAGCUGUACGUGAUUGGGGGUAGCAACAAUGAUGCUGGCUACAGGAGGGAUGUGCACCAGGUGGCCUGCUACAGCUGCACAUCUGGGCAGUGGUCAUCAGUCUGCCCACUCCCAGCGGGGCAUGGUGAACCUGGCAUUGCCGUGCUGGACAACAGGAUCUACGUGCUGGGUGGUCGCUCGCACAACCGUGGCAGCCGCACCGCCUAUGUGCACAUCUACGACGUGGGGAAGGACUGCUGGGAGGAGGGGCCCCAGCUGGACAAUUCCAUCUCAGGCCUCGCAGCCUGUGUGCUAACCCUGCCCCGCUCUCUGCUCCUCGAACAGCCCCGAGGGACCCCCCACCGCAGCCAGGCUGAUCCAGAUUUUGCCUCUGAGGUGAUGAGUGUUUCUGACUGGGAGGAGUUUGACAACUCCAGCGAGGACUAGGGCCCUGGGGCCAAUGUUAGAGGGGAGAGAUGGCAGGAGUACGGGGGCGGUGGGAACCCAGGUUGGCCUAGACCCAGAGUACUGUUCCCCACGCUCCUGCCACCCUUUCUUCACAGCAGCCCCUCUGCUGGCCCGCUGCAGGUAUUCAUGGGGCUGCACCCCUGAGCUGUGGAUUCCCCUAUAGUGGGAAAUGUUCAGAGAGGGCUGUUGUCCUCUGAGUUGACCAGACCCACUCCUCAACCUGGACGGGGCACACCAUCGCCAGCUGUCUCGGCCUUCCUGCUCCCUGGCUGGCCCUUGAAAGGUGCCUUCUCCAGUGGGACCUUGGGACCUUGGGACCAUGUGGGGAGCCGAGGCACACUGUGGGCAGGUAGGGUGACGAGAUGAGCCAUUAUCCUGCCCCACAGCAGUGGCUUGAGUGACUGCGUGCUGCCAGGGGCCCGGGAGGUACAGAGACACAUAAAGUUGCGUGAGACUGGUUCUAGUGAUAAAUAUCCCCGUACAGCUGGGCUUUUCUAAUCCCAUCUUGUUGAUAAAUUAAAUAAAUCAUAUUACAAAAAGGUGUGAAUUGUUUCCCUGGAACUUCCUUUCACAGCUUGACCAAGGCUGCAGUACCAGAAGCACAGAUUUCUGGAGUCAAUGCUGGGGACAAAGGCCUGGUUUGGGAGCAAAAAGAGACAACAGGAGGCCCAGAGCCUGCCUCCAUGGGAAGAGCACUGAGAAACCCCCACAUCCCCCCACUCCCACUGGACACUGGUGAUGCGUGGUCCCUGGCCACCUGAGCACCAAGCUCUCUGGUGAGGAGCUCUUCUCUGAACUUCGGUCACCUCCAGUUAGCUAGCUCCUGGCCCUGAGUAAACCCGAGCCUGAGGGGUUCUGGAAGAAGCCUCAGCACCUGGGAGGGCGGCUACAGCAGGAUACAGGGGCUGGACCUGUGGUCUAAAGAAGGGAGGGGGACCCUACUGAAUGAUUGGGAGGAGUUUGACAAUUCCAGCGAGAACCAUGGGGCCAGUGUUAGAGGGGAAAGAUGGCAGUGGGAAACCAGGAUGGCCUUUCUGGCUCUCUUGGGUCUGUGUGGGUGGUAGGAGGUAGGAUCUGGACCAGGUCAUUCUUCACACAUUGUCUUAGGGCCUCGCUGGUACAGUGGAGGGAUCCUCUUAGGGCUACCAGUUAGGUGGGCUGGGGUCCUGGCACCAACCUCACUUCAGCAUAAUUGAGCAUCGAUCUGAAUGCCUUCCUAUCAAUAAACACUGCAGGCCACCCUGCCUGGCACCUUAAACAAGUGGUUUGACAGGGCUGUGACUUCUUGAGGUCCUGCCCUCUUGUCAGCUGGGCAGAACAUAGAGGGUGAGUGCCGCGGACCAGCGCAGCGGUAGACUUGCAGGACUGUCUCAGGAUUGAGAAACUGUGAGGAUGCUCAAGGAAUCGGCGCAUAAAUGACAGACAGACACACAAAUGACAAACAGACACACUUCAAGAGUGAAGAUCUGAAUGUAAUUUGCUCAAAAUCAUACACUUUUAUACCAUUUCCAACAAUAGAUGAUUUCAUACAAUUUAAUUCUUUCUCAGCAUAAAAUACUUUGUAAGGCAUAAGACAUCUACUUCAUUAUUCAUGUGCAUGUGAUCGCUGAUCCAUGACAUGGCACAGUAAACGAUCUCAAAGUACUGAAUCUACACAAUCAUUUUUACUUACACCGAACAGCAUUCUUUAAGCUAGCUUUUCUUGAUUUGUUUCCCAAGACCACAAUGAUCAAAAACAUUGAUAUUUACCUACUGGCACUUUCUACUUUUAGUGAUCACGAGCAAUAUAUUCUCUACGGAAGCAUUUUGAUUUUU